AUAAGUUAAUAAAUAGUUUUUAAGUACUAGAUCUAGAUUCUUUUUCUAGAUCUAAAUCUAGAUCUGAUAGAUCUAGAGACUAGAUCUAUAAUAAUCUAUCUAUAUAUCUAUAUAGAUAGAUUAUUUAUCAUUAUUAUUAGAUAAGAUCAUAUUUAUCAUUAUUAUUAGAUAAGAUCAUAGAUUAUACGGUAAAACUUCCCAUCAAAGGCCCCUAGUUUUUAUAUAUAUAGGCCAGGCUAUAGAGUAUAGUCUAUAGUAUAGAUAGGCAGUAUGUACUACACAGAUAUAGUAUAGACCUAGUAUAGGCCUUAUUUUAUAGAUGAUAGUUAGAUCUAGAUCUACAAUUGAUAGGGUAGCCCUAGACAAACAGUAGUAUAGAUAUAAUAGAUAGAUCUAUUAAAUCUUAUAUAGAUCUAGAUCUACUGACUACUCUAAUUACUAAUUCUAGAUCAAGAAUCAAGUCUAUUAUAAUUAUAGUGUCAGUCAGUGCACAGUCACAGUGUAUAGCUAGCUAGACGAGAAAUAGAAUCUAGAUCUAGUAUAAGUAAUAAUUAUAAUAGAGAGGAUUAGUUAGAGUAGACAUUUCACGAGAAUUGCCCAGAUCAUCCACAGUCACACUCACAGUGCACCAUGAUGGCAGUGGCACAAGAUCUAGAAUUAGAUCUCAUCUAGUCAAUCUAUUAUCUACUACUAACUAGACUCUAUUACUAUCUAGAAUCUAGACUAAUCUAGGGAAUCUAGAUCUUUAUUCUAUAUUAUAGUGGUAUAUUCUAUUAGUAUUAUAGUAUAGUCAGUAUAUAGUCUAUACUGACUCUAUACUAUCUACAAAUUUUAAAUUUAUUUUGCUUUCAUUAUGAUCAUAAUGUUGUUAGUGAUGUUAUUGUUAGUGUUAUCAUGAUCCUCAUUCUCAGUUAACACAUUCAGUGACAAUCAAGGAAAACAAGCAAAAUGAUUCGCCACCUUUCUGAUGAUGUGAAAUCUUUACUAAGAACUGGUGUGGCUCUUACCAGUUGUGCUCAAGCCAUUGAAGAACUUGUGUUGAAUGCCGUUGAUGCUGGAGCAUCCACCAUAGCUGUGCGAGUUGAUCUGGAAUGUUUCAAGAUUCAAGUUGUAGAUAAUGGUGCAGGAAUUUCUAAAGAUCAGCUGCCUCUUUUAGGAGAAAGGUAUGCUACUAGUAAGUGUAAAGGCUUAGAUGAUUUACUGAAUCUCAAAUACUUUGGUUAUCGUGGAGAAGCUAUAGCAAGUCUUCAAGCUGCAGCAACAUUUUUAGAGAUUGUCUCCAGACCUCGGUCUUCUGGAAUCACUUAUUGUAAAUAUUUUAAAGAAGGCAAAGCUGUGGGUAUCUCACAGUCCUCUGUGCCUCGCCCAUCUCAUGGUACCACAGUUACAGUUCAUAAUUUAUUUUACAAUUUACCAGUUCGCAGAAAGUGUUUCAAGGAAGGCCUUGAAAUGGAAAGGAUUAGAUAUCGCUUGGCUGGAAUAGCCAUUAUGUGGCCUCAGAUAAGCUUUAGUUUGAGAGAUGACUCCAUUGGUCAUGUCAUUCUUCAAACUCAUAAAUGUAACGGGUUAGCAGCAGCAUUUUCCACCAUAUUUCCUGUUGCAAAAUCAAGAAACAUGUCAGAGGUUUCAAUAGAACAGGAUGAGUUUAAACUUUCUGGUAUAGUUAGCACUGACAGUUAUAGUCGUAAAGAUUUGCAAUUUGUCUUUGUCAAUAAGAGGCUUGUUCUUAAGUCAAGCAUUCACCACCAGGUCAAUAAAAUAUUUUCUCGAUCAUUGAUAUUAAGAAAAAAAGGAUUGAUGGAUGCAACAGAUAGUCUCUUUCAAAAUGGCACUAUUAACUCUGUUAGUCCUACAAAGCAGAGUGAUAGGUUUGCUAUUUUUGCAAUCAAUGUCGAAUGUCCCUUUUAUAGUUAUGACAUUACCUUUGACCCACAAAAGACUCUUGUUGAGUUUACUAAUUGGCCUAAACUGAUUCACCUACUUCAAGAUAUGCUUUAUGGGUUCUUAAGAAAAGAAAAUCUGUUGUCAAUAUCAGAUUUCUCAUCUAUUUUGAAUGAUGACAGAGAGAAUGGUAAUGAUAGCAGCAGUGAAGAAUGUUAUGAAUCAUCUGAUAGUUACUUUAGUCAGCUAGAUAGAUUUAUUAGGAAAAAUGAGGGCAAUAACUCUGAGUCUAAAGAUUUGCAGACAGAAAAAUUAAAAUUGUUGACUGCAGAAAUUGUACCAUUGAAACCAGCUAAAGAUAAAUGUUGUGUUGGAAUAGAUCAAAAGUCAAAGGCAGUUGACACCAGCUGCGAAGAAGAGCUUCUUAAAACUUCUUUAAAAUCAGUUUCUGAUGAUGACAAAGUUUGCUCCCUAAAAUCAGGAAUAGAAAAUUUAUUACAACAUGAUGAUAACAAUAAAAAUAUGCUGAAAAUAAAUCAGAUUGUUACACACAAUAAAAAUAAUUUUAGUGCACAAGAAAUAAACUUUUUGCCACCUAAAAAUACAGAAAGAGGUCAUGCAAUUAUUUAUAAAGAACAUUUAGAAUCUUGUAAUGAGUGCAUAGAACCAUAUAACAGUUUGGAGCUGCAUCAAACUAGUGAUUCUGAAACACCAUUUAUUGUAAGUACUACUGAAGAAAAUGAAAGUAUCAUAAUGAAGGAGGAUAAGGUGCUAAAAAAACCUGUGCAGAAAGUUGUCUUUAGUGUAUCAAGUAAAUACUCAUCAACUUUGCAGAAGCUACGGGGAAACACUUCUGCAAAUAACGCCCUACAAUCUGCAAAGGCAAGCACCAGUACAUUGCAGAAGCUUCGUGCAUCUACAAAGAAAGCUGUUCAAAGUCUUGGAGACCUGUAUAAAACACCAGUUCGAAAAAUACUUCCAGAUUCUUCAGUUAUUAGUCAAGAUCUAGCAUUAGACAGAGAUAAAACCAUGAUCAAUUUAACAUUACCAGAAUUCUGUGAGCCACAGGGUUCCACAAUGUUAAAUGCUUUUUUAGAAAGUAGAUCACUUGGCCAGAGUGACAGAAACAUUAAUUUGAAGAGAUCUAAAGAUGAGAACGUAACUCGUGCAACAAAAUUAGCCAGAUUGAUGAAGGGUGAGAAUGUUGCUAAAGGUCGUUCUAUUACAACUGCACCAUCAGAAACAGACAGAAACACAAGUUUAAUUAAACAAUUUUCUUUUGAGAAAAGGAGACCUGUCAACCAAAACAAUUUGACGAAAACUGAAGAGAACUGUUACACUGAAGAUAUGGAAGCUGCUGUAAAAAUCAAAAGAUACCAAGAUGAUAGAUCAGACGAUUCUCAAUUCAGCAAAAUAAAAAAAUUACAUUACAAUCAUAUAAGCCGUCCUCCAUACAGUGUUCAGUUAAGCUCUUGUUACCCUCAUAGUUCAGUUGUUGGCACAGUAAGUAAAGCAUCUGAAAGAACUUUGGAUGUUCUUACAGAGUCAGUGUCUCUGACUGAAUCUGAACACAAGACUAACUCUAGCAAGUGUUCUUGUGCCACUGUGGCUUUACCCUCAUUGAAAGAAAUGAUAGAUUCACAUUGUUCCUCAUCCACAUCUCAACACUUGGACAGACUAACAAAACAGGAUGAGGUAGUUUCUUCAAUAGAAGAUGCUGUGUCCUUUUCAAAUAGGAUUUAUUCAGAACAACAUCUUACUGAUAGAUUUGGAUGCACACAUUUACAAAAAAGUAACUUUAAAAAUAUUGACUCAAAAAACAGGGACAUUUAUUUACAGUAUAAUGACCUUGACCUAAACAAAAAAUUAGACAUUCAAAAACAAAAUUUUUAUAGUAAUGAUGAAGUCAAUAUAGAAAGUUCACCUGAAUGUGUCAAAAAUCCUGAAAACUGUUUGCACUUUUUAAAAGAAACAAUUUCUACAAAGGAUUAUUUUCAAAUUCCCAACUUUACAGUGCAUAAACAAAGUUUCAAAGCAGAAAAAACCUCAAGGUUAUUAGUACCAGAAAGAAGUUCCAUACAUUCUAGCCAUGUAUCUUUUAAUGAUAAAACUAAAUCCUGUGCUCCUUCUAUAACAGAUAAUCCUAAAACCACUUGCAAUGAGACUUUGGAGACAGACAGUGGUAAGAAACUUUCAUUGCCACAUUGUUUUUGUAAGUCCAUUGAAAAUAAAGACAAAGUUAAUGAAAUUGAAGAAGUGGUUAAUUUGCCAAAAGUGAAAGAUCUUAGUAAUAGUCAUCAAAUACCCCAUGAUGCCAACCUCUCUCUGCCAGUCUGUGAUAUUUCUAACUUUCAUGCACUCAAGACUACUAAUGAUCAAGCUUCACAAAUUAAUUUGAUGCAUUCUUCUCCAACUAUUGUAAUAGAAAUGAACAUGUGCAUUCAAGAAUCACUAAAUAAUUAUCAAAAGCCUGCCAGCACAUCUAAUUUUAGUGCAAACCAGUCUACCAAUGAAAAUUAUGUCACUGGAUCAAUAAUUAAUGAAACGGAAGAGCCAUUUUUGGCCAAUAAAAGUUUUGUCUUUCAGAACACACUAAAAGAAUUAAUGCCAGACAAAUAUGUCACAAAUAUAGAUACAGUGAAUGAACCAACAGAAAAUGUAUUAAAAGAUGCUACUGAUCAAACUUUAAUAAAACAGAACAAUGAGCACACCUUAGCACAAAAUGUGCAACUUACAAAUCUCAACCCAGCACAGGCUAUCAAUGAUAACCAAGUUUUUGAUGUUAGUAAUACAAAAUGUACCAUAAAUGAAUCUACUGAGAUUGGGAGAUCAUUAUCUCAAGUCAAGGCUCAGUUAGAUAUAUGUAUUAGCAAUGACCGUCAUAGCCUUCCCCAGCCACUGAGCACUCUUAGAUCACUGAGAUCCAAAGCUUUGGUGAUUGUAGAAGAGACCCCUGGCAUUACAUCGGCCUCAGAAAGUUAUGAUUACAGCUGCUUCAAACAAAACUCUGUAGCAGAAGUCAUGUCAGUUGAGACUACACUGUUACCAAAUGUACCUUCACAGAACACUGAGGCUAUAUUUUCUAUAGAUCAAGACUAUGUAAAUAAGACUUCUCAUGGGAUAGAAGAUUGUCAUUGGAAGGAGCUAACAGAUGAUGUUAGUGGUCAAAAAAUGUAUGUCAACAUUAAAUCAGGCAACACUAUCAGUGAAAGUCAGUGGUCAGAUUUAACUCUCCAUGAACCUCCAGCUGGCAACAAGAAUGAAGCUAUGACUGGCCAACUUUCUGGUAGCCAGAAAGAAUGCCUGCAAAGUAUUGUUUCUGACUACAUUGACCAGGAACAGACUGAAGCUGAUUCAAAAUGGAAGGAAGGAGAAAAACCUACAUGUGAAAAAAAUCAGGUCAUUGAAAUUUCUGAAGUCAUAACACAGUGGAAAAAUCCAGUUUUCUUCAACUACAAAUCACCCACUCUGAAUGUAGAGACUUGCCCUACUGGCCAGAUUGCAAGGUCUUGUUUCAAUUCACUCAAUAUGAUUGAGUUUACUAAGGACAUGUUGAAAAAUGUUAAGGUUGUUGGUCAACUUGAUAGAAAGUUUAUUGCAUGUCUUAUUAACACUAAAGCAACAGCACCUUCUAAAGUCAAGCUGAGUGUUGAAGAUAAUAGCAUGUUAGUUCUUUUUGAUCAACAUGCAGUUCAUGAACGUGUACGUUUGGAACAACUUACUCAAGAGGCCUAUGAAGUAGUUGAUGGUGGCAUAACAGACCAAGUUAAAAUGUCCGCCCUUCCAGAGCCAAUAUUGAUGUUAAUAGAUAGAGAUGACCUCAGGAUUAUGAAGACAUUCUACCAAGAGUUUAACAGAAUAGGAAUUCAUUUCUUACCAGAUGAUACCUGUAGAGACCAAAUCUAUAUCAAGUCUGUGCCAAGCUGCUUGGCUGAAAAAUAUCCCACAGAAAAAAAAAGAUUAAAACAACAGCCGAUUCUGGAAAAAAUACAGAUUUUAAUCUCUGAACACAUUCAGCUUUUAAAGUCAACAAAUGGAGCUGGUGGACGUCUGCCUCUUUCACUUCAUAGAGUUUUGUGCUCUCAGGCUUGUCAUGGGGCUGUUAAGUUUGGAGAUAGCUUGUCUACAAAAGAGUGUCAGGAUUUGUUGUCUUCCCUUGCUCUUUGCGAUCUUCCAUUUCAAUGUGCCCAUGGUAGACCCUCUAUUGCACCUUUAGUAGAUCUUGUGACUCUAGAUGAUGAGUCGCCUUACAAAAGAUGUUAUCCCAAGUUGUCAAAACUUUCUCAGAAAAUAAAUAUUUGAAUUACAUGAAGAUCAUAGAUGAUUUAAGCAGUUGGUGACUUGAAAAAUACAAGAACAGCAAAAAAAAUUCGGACUUCUCUUUCUGAUCAUGGAGCUCCACUGCCAAACUAUCAGAGUGAUUGGAGGACAUUUCAGAUUCUUAUUUACAGACAUCAGAUUGGAACAGCAGGCUUACAUAGGCUAGUUCAGCUAAUUCAUUGCGCUGGUCGUACUUUAAAGUUUACCAUUUUAUCAACUAGUUGCUUUCUCUAAGAGCGUGUAGUCUGUAGGACAUUUCAGACCCUAUCUGUGCUAGUCCAGUGCGCUGUUAGUACUAUAAACUUGACCUGUUUAUCACUAAGUUACAAGAGAGUCUAGACUGGAAACUUAAUGAUGUAUCUUAGUUGAUGUUGAACAUUAAUAUCACAACUGUAGAGAUUGUAUAUUUGUUUAUUUAUAGCUCAAACAAUAUGCUACAAGUACAGCAGUUGUCAAACUGUUUAAAUUAUCAAGAGAUUUUUUAUAAUCAGUAAAGUGAACAAUUUUCUUUUUUAUUUCUUUGUAAAUAUUUAUUGACUAUUUAUUGACAAGCAAGUUUUAUUAUUUUAUUAUGUUUGAAUAUAAUAUUUAAUUAUUUUAUACAUCCAGGGAGGUGCUAUAUUUUUUUUAUUUCAUGUGUUGUGUAUGGUAUUGUGUAUCAUUUAUUUUCUAGAUGAGCAAACCAUGUGACUUAGGGCUUCAGAGGCUCAAUUCCUCUCUUCCAGAAGCUCUGGAUAUUAUUAAAAAAAUAUAAUGAGUAUUUUUUUGUGUUAUGAUCUUCUACAAUUGAAAAAAAAAGGCUUUUUUCAGAUUGAUGCAGUUUUUGUGUAGAGAGCCAUCAUGAUUGUGUGCAUGUUUGAGUACAAGGGACGUGCAUGGGGCACCCUUUUUUUAAAUGGUAUCAUUUUUUUAUUGCUAUAUUUCAAUACAUUGUAAAUCAAAUAUUCAAAAAUAUUGUGCAAAAGAGUCCAUAUAAAAAACAAAGUUACUAUACUGACAAAAACCUAGAACUAUCUUACAAAUGGUAAAUACAUCUUGGUAUUUUCAUACGUUCAAUCUGAUAAACAAAUGUCUAAAGUCUGCUGGAGAUACUUGUUUAGUGGGAGAACUGACAGAAUUCAUCUUAUAAAUUAAAUAAAAAUUAAAUUAAAAUAAAGAAAAGAUUGAACACUCACUAUAUACCAGUAUCAUGCAGAAAUACACAUCUCAAUCCAAAGUCAAUAAUAAAUUCACUAAAGUAGACUUGACAGAACCAACUGAUUUGUGGACCUUGAAACAAUUUCAUCUCCUCUAUGUAUAGAUUUUCAAUCGAGAAGUUCUCAUGCAUAUAAACUUCAAAUGUCUAAUUAAUUCCAUUCACAUGUUUGUAGUUCUGUGUAGAAUCUUAAAUUUUCAAGAAGCCAUUGUAAAAGUAAACUUCCUGUUAUACUUCUCUUGAGACCUUGAUUUCUACACCAUUUACACACUAGAGUUUUUGAGAUAAAAACUAAAUUUUAAAAGUUAAAAUAAAAAAUUGUUUGAUGGAAAAUCUUUUCAUAAAAUAUCCUAUUAAACUGCCUUUGUUGGUUUCUUUUGUAAACUAGAAAUACAAAAAGCAUUUAAAAAUUAUUCAUGUAUGUGGAUAGAAUAAUUUAUCUCUGUUGCUUGCUUAUGUAAAAUACAUCUUUUGUUUGUUUUUUAACAUAAUUGAGAAAUGAAUUAGUAUAGGAAAUUUAUGUAGAACUUUAUGUUUACAUAUGAUCGAGAAAUUAGUAAUGAAUGAAAUUUAUAUUACAAAGUUAUGUAGAAAUUCACUAGAUAACUAUCAUGUUCUUUAAGUUCCAGUUGUUUUGGUGGAUGUAAAAAUAUGGAAUAUCUAAACAUUAAAUAAGAAACUAUAAACUUGCAAUGAUUUUUUCAUAUUUUUUUCAGUUGCAAUGUUACAUAACCAUUGCAAUGUUGUAGUUGGAUUUUUGUUUCCUUACUAAAGAUAAUUAAUUGAUAUUAAUUGACUUAGCAAAAUGUCAAAAUUUUUUUAUUUUUUUUUUGCAGGGCAGUUUCAUCUAGCUUAUUAUUUUUGUUAGUAAUCUAAAUGCAGAGCUAUAUUUGCUUUUAAAACUUCUAAAUUUAAAGCUUAGAAAAAUAAUUCACAUUUUUAACCAUACUUACAUGCUGGCAUAUUCUUCAGUAAUGGCCCAUAGACAUCAAAUUUAUUUCAGUCAUGAUAUGUUGACUUAUUAGAUGAAAUAUAUGGAUAUUUAUUUUGCAAUGGUUCAUAUUUUUUUAUUAUUUGUAUUUGACUGUAAUUAUUUAUAUACAUUAAGUUUUUGAUUUGUUUGUGGAUUGCAUUUUUUUUAAGUUAAAAACAAAUUCUGUUGGUUGAAAAUAUUGUUGAUAUACAGACUCACUCAUAAAUAUCUGUGAUUUUUUCUGCCAUUGUGAUCAAUACUGGAAAUAGGUGUCAGUUUUUAAGCUAAAUUUACAAGCAAAGUUAACAUUCUAAUUCCACCAGAUGAAGCCCUACAAAAUAUUAAAUUUUGCGGAUGACUUAA